AUGUUAAGUAAUGAUGAUGUUAAAGAAUUCGCAAGAAAUGCAAUCAUCAAGAAAUACAAUUUAACUAUUGCUGAAUAUUCAAAGGGCUGGGAUAUUGCUCCAUUGACGAUUAACUCAUUGUCAACUUAUAUCAUUGGAGGAACUAAUGUGCCAGUUGCAGGUGUCAUUCCUUAUACAACUAUCAAUCCAAAUCAGUUGACCAUACAAUUUCGAUUAGAUUGUUCUUCUGAAGAACGUGCAAAAGAAAUUGUAGAAAAGGUUAUUGAUGAUACUUAUGAAAUCAAAGUAGCUUCUCAUUAUUCCGAUUUCAGAGAAGUUGCAACGAAUCUGACGCUGAUUACCGGUGGUCAAGUGAAGAGUGUGAAUAGUAAAACGAUUAGUGAUGGUGGCAAUAGAAAUGCUAAAUAUAUACAUCGUAGUCAAGGAUUAGCAUUUGUAAAUAAAUACGUAACCAAUGUAAAGAAGAUGAUUUAUACGGAUGAUUCAAAAUUAAACUUGCCAUCAUUAACAGGUGAUCUCGAAGAUCGAUAUGCUGCAUUGCUACAACAAGCAAUGACUUCUGCGAAUGAAACAAAACUUGAUAUUAAAUUCUACGAUGAAGUUUGGUCAGCAACAAAUUUCAAUCCUGAUCGAAUCACUAAUGAAAUGAAGAAAUGGUUCACCUAUAAUGAAGCUGAAACAAAGAAACAAAAUUCUAUAGAUAAAUAUUUUACUUUUAAUCGAGCAUCUAUAAAUUUAUCGUCCAGUUCAGGAAUAGCUAAUACCUGUUAUCCUCCUUUUUGUACUGGUAUACAGACUGGAUUAUCAGAUUCAUUAUCGGAAUAUCUUUCAAAAACAACACAAUCAAUAUUUUCAUUAACAGAAAUACAAAAUUUAUUCAAAAAAAUAUCAAUAGAUAUUGCAUGGACGAAUGAUAAGUUCAAUCUGAAGUCUUUCUCUGUUUACCGAAUCAAUGAUAUUACUGAUAUGCUACAAGUUGAUAUUUUCAAUAAGCAAUUAAUUGUCGAAGAGAAAAGUGGUGCUACUAUUCGUAGAGUAAAUAGUAGAACUAGAUCAUUAAUGAUUUCAGAUCGAUACUCAUGUCCACUCGUUGGUGAAAUGAAACUGUACUUAGGCAAGUCAUCAUGUCUGCCAUGUACUUGGAUGUACUGUCAUGGGCAAACUCUCUCUCGUGUCACUUAUCAUCUUUUGUUUUCUGUCAUUGGUGAAUCAUUUGGAGCUGGAGAUGGAAAAACAACAUUCAAUCUACCUGAUUUUCGUCGUGGAUUUCCAGGUUUAACAGCUACACAAAUUCAUGAUGAAUUAACUACUGCUUAUGGACAGGAUGUAGUUUCAUAUUGUUCAGUUACUCGAUGGAUUCAACGAUUUUCAAAUGAACGAGAAUCUUUGGAAGAUAAUCCUCGAAGUGGUCGUCCAUUAUCCGCCAUCACUCAACAAAAUAUUGAUGCAAAAAGACCAUCAUCAACAACAAAUCACGUUAAGCUGCAUCAUAAUAAUGCACGACCCCAUGUGAAUGAUAUUGUUCUUAAUUAUCUUCAAGAAGAAAAAAUCAAAGUUAUGGCUUAUCCGCCAUACUCACCUGUCCUUGCUCCUUCAGAUUUUUGGUUGUUCAGUUAUCUGAAACGUAGCCUUGAUACUUAUCCAGAUACUACAAGUUUAGCUAAAGCGUUAUCCAAGGAGCUCAAUUCAAUACCUAUUCACGAAUACCAAAAGACAUUUCAGAAAUGGAUUGAAAGGAUGAAACUUUGUAUUGAACAUCAUGAGGACUACUUCGAACAUUUACUGUAA